AUGAACACCUUGGCACAAGUUGAGGGAACACAAAUUAUUAGUGAGAGGAUAUACACAGGAUUGAGUGAAAAAAACGGGAGGCCUAUAUCUGUGUGUAAUGACUACUGCCACCCUGGUUAUCAGAAGAAGAAAAAAGAAGGGGAAAAGUUUUGUUGCUACGAUUGUGUUCUUUGCCCAGAAGGGAAGAUUUCAAGCCAGCAAGAUAUGGUUGAUUGUACCACAUGCCCAGAAAGUCAGUAUUCAAGCAAGAACCAAGAUAGAUGCAUCAAUAAAGUGAUAACCUUCCUGUCUUUUGAAGAACCUUUAGGAAUCACUUUAGCUUUGCUCGUUGGUACUUGUUUCCUGAUCACAGCCUUUGUGUUGGGAGUUUUUAUUAAGAACAAGGAUACCCCGAUAGUCAAAGCCAACAACCGAGAUAUCACCUAUGCUCUCCUUGUCUCCCUUUUGCUCUGCUUCCUUUGUUCUUUGCUCUUUAUUGGAAAACCAAGCAUUGUGACCUGCUCUAUCCGACAACCUGCUUUUGGGAUUGUCUUCUCAGUGGCUGUUUCUUGUGUGUUGGGCAAAACCAUCACUGUGGUUCUAGCCUUUAUGGCUACAAAGCCAGGAUCUGGCCUGAGGAAGUGGGUUGGGAAAAAACUGGCCAACUCCAUUGUCAUUUCUUGUUCCCUUGUGCAAGCUGGCAUCUGUAUGGUGUGGCUAGCAACCUCUGCCCCAUUCCCAGCUUUAGACAUGCAUUUGAUGGUUGACAAGAUUGUAGCAGAAUGCAAAGAAGGAUCUGUGACCAUGUUUUAUAUUGUCCAGGGUUACUUGGGAUUUUUGUCUCUCAUCAGCUUGGCUGUGGCUUUUUUUUCCAGGAAGUUGCCCAACAGUUUUAACGAAGCAAAAUUCAUCACCUUCAGCAUGCUCAUUUUUUGCAGUGUUUGGAUGUCCUUUGUUCCAACUUACCUGAGCACCAAAGGAAAAUCCAUGGUAGCUGUGGAGAUCUUCUCUAUCCUGGCAUCUAGUGCUGCGUUAUUGGGUUGCAUUUUUUCCCCAAAAUGUUAUAUCAUUGUGCUGAGGCCUGAGAUGAACAAAAGGGAGCACCUGAUAAGGAGAAAGAAUUAA